AUGGGCUUUGAGUUGAACAUCAACAAGAUUGAGAGCAAGGACAGGCCUGGCAUCACCAAAGCACACUAUUUCUGCUAUUGUUCGAUUCACACCACCGAGAUGAGGGUACAAAGUUCUUUUGUUCUCCUCCCUAUAUGCAUUAGCGGGGCUCUUUCCAACUUUCUUGGGCCAGUCUAUCCGGCCCCUAGAGACCUCAGCAGCCGGAAUAGUCUUGUUGCUGCUGGAUGGAGAACCCUGACUGCGACGCUCGAAGCCACUCUCAAUGGCAGCUCAAACAAAACAUCGCCUGCCCUGUCAGGUUUAGGGAACAUGACCUUCUCGAUUGGAAUGUUCUCGACCCAUGACAGCGGCGCAGAAACCUUGCAAUUCCACCAUACGUCCCCCGAGGUCGCUCAUUCGCCUGUGGGCACAAACACCGUUGAUGCAGACAGCAUCUACCGCGUCGCCAGCCUGACAAAACUGUUUACUGUUCUUGCGGGACUACUUGAAAUGGAAAGCAGUGACUGGGAUCGCCCUCUCUCUGAAAUUUUCCCACCCCUUGUGGAUUUCCUCGAUGACGAGCUUUCCAAGAAACACAGUCCCGUGUAUGAUGCUCAAUGGGACCAGAUCACGCCCAGUGCUUUGGCUGCUCAAAUUGCCGGUGUCUCUCACAGCGGGGCACCUUGGUUUGUUGAUCUCCUAGCCUUACACCUUCUCGACCAAGCCCAGAAUAUUUCGAGCCCCCUGGAUGAUCCAGAUACCUACGCUCUCCCGCCUGUCGACCUCAACGAUCCUUCUGUUACAACUCCAUGUCUGCGACCCAAUGUGACCUGCUCAGCGAUUCCAUACACCGAGGGAGUGGCCGCGAAUCCCCCCAUUUUCCUUCCCUGGACUAGUCCAGCAUACGCCAACAAUGGGUUUGUCUUGCUGGGCCUUGCGAUUGCCAACCUCACUGGGAAACCAGUAGAGCAGAUAUGGAAGGAGAGCAUCUUCGGCCCUCUCAACAUGGCCUCGUCCUCUUCACAGGUACCGCCGCAGUCCGAAACAAAUCGCAGCGUGAUCGCGGGAAACCCUGCCAACAACUGGGCCAUUGCGGGCGGGCUCUCCACACCGUCCGGGGGCAUCUUUUCCACGUUAAACGACCUCGCAAAGUUUGGAGUUAGCAUCCUCAACUCCACCUUGCUUCCAGCCCACGAGACCCGGAAGUGGAUGAAGCCUGUUACCCACACCUCGGAUUUGCAUUACUCUGUCGGCCGACCAUGGGAAAUAUACCGCUAUACCCACCCAGCCACUGGUGUUGUCACCGAUAUCUACACGAAACUUGGCGACUCCGGCUAUUACGGGAGUAUCAUGGCCUUUCUUCCUGAAUUUAACGCCGGGUUCACCGUCCUGGAAGCUAGCUCCCAAGACUCACGCAGCAUCCUGGCUCUCAACCUCAUCGAACAAAUUGUGGACACCAUCGUGCCAGCACUGUUCGAUCAAGCCGCGGCUGAGCUGGAGCAAAACUACGCUGGAACUUACGCGGCUCCAGCGGACGGAUUGAACUCCUCCAUCACUUUCAGUGCCAGCAAACACGGGCCACCCGGCCUGAAAGUGACCUCGUGGGUCAGCAACGGGACCGAUCUUAUGCCUUUGGUGCCCGUAAUCAUGCAGAGCGAAAACUACCGGCUUCGUCCUACCAUCGCCACCCCCGGGGAAACUGGCCAGAUCGCGUUCCGAGCUGCUAUGGUCCCUCAGAAUUCGGUCCAUGAGAACGCCCAGGUUUCGGGCCUGUUUGCUGAUUUCUACAGCAUAAACCAGUGGGUUCUACUCGACUCGGUAACUUACAACAAUAUUGCCCUGCCAUUCUUUGUUUUUGAUAUCACAUCAGAAGAUGGAUCUCCUUCCGCAGUAACUCCAGCAGCCUGGAAAGUAAAGCUCCAGAAGACUGGCUAGGUGCUUGGUUUUGGCCGAUUUAUUAUCACCUAUGCAUUAGAAUGAUCAAUAACAUUAGAGAUGACAUGACAUGACUACAUCAUUUAAGUUGCGUAUUCGUUUGGUCCUGUGUAGAAGCUCACUUUUCAUCUCAUCUCAUAAUCUCCAACAUACUUAUGUACUGCCUCAAACCCAAGGCAGCACCGUAAAGAUUACAUAAUCCGCAACUCCGCAACUUUUUUAUCGCAUCCCAAAACCAAGUCCGAUAAAACACCUGCACCACCCCAGUCAAAAUGCAACUCACGCGUGUGCUAUUCAAG